AUGUCAAAUCUUUAAAAUGAAUCACUUUUGAUAUCCAGCCUAUAGAAUAAUGAAUCUCAAGAGUAGAAUUUAUUCAUAAGUUAAGUUUUCGUAUGUAAUAAGGAUAUAUAUAGAAAAUGUAGAAAUUAGAGAAGAUUGAUUAAAAGUUAGAAAAUGAUAAUUUUAAUCAGGAUGAGAUUGACCCUAGAAUUAAAAGCAUAUUUCUAAAUUUAAGAAAUAAAAUACAUUUUAAAAAUAAGGAAGAUGAACUAGAAUUUUUGGAUAUUAUAAUUUAUUGGAAUUAAUGUCUCUAAUACAAUAUGAAAUUAAAUUAAUUGAUUAUGGAGUAUGAAAAUCAACUUAUUUAAAAUUAAUAAUAAAUAGAAUUUCCAGUUUCAAAAAUUCAUAUGAUAGAAUAUGAAGAAAGCUAACAAAUUUCAUUAUUAAUCUCAUAGAAUUAGAAAAUAGACAAUCAAAUAUUGAAAGGAAUAAAAAUUGAAAAGUUUACACAAACUGAAUAUCCUUAAAAUAAAAAUGAAAAGGGUUAAUAAACAGAUUUAGAAGAAGAGAUAGAUUAGGAUGAUAAUUAAAAUAUGAUAGAAUUUUUUAGUUCUUCAUUUUAUCAAGAUUUGAAAAAUAAAUAAUUUUUAAUUGAUGCUUAAUUGAUUGUAAAUAUAUUAGUUAUAAUUAUUUUAGUCUUUGAUAUAGACUAUGUUUUUGAUGCAUAAUGUAAGAAAAAUAAAGAUAAAUUAACUUAUUUAAUAAUAAAUUGAUAAUUUAAUGAAGAGAAUAAAAAUGAGAGAUUAGAUUAGUUAUAAUACAAUUAUAAUAAUGAAAGAGAGUGUAAAAUUGUGA